AUGGGAGGUAAAGAUGAUAAUAGUGUGAACAUCGGUGGUGGUCCCCCUGUAUUUCGUUUACACGGGCAAAAUUACCACUUGAUUGAUAGUUUACUACCAUUAGAUGGUUGCGAACCGAAGUUUGCCCAGUUAUAUGUGUAUGAUACGGACAAUGAGAUCAAUUACAGAAUAACGUCCGUGAGGCAAAGGGAUGCUGUGAAUAAUCUUCAUUCGGGGAUUGUUAGUGAUUUGCAACAUAUGUUGGAUGAAGAAAAUGCGUUAGUAAAGUCUUUUCGUAUGGCCAAAGAAAAGAUUGGACAUGAAAAUCAAACCAAUGUAAGUUUGAGGUUGCUUGGUAUGAGAGGUAGGGAUGGAAGAACUCAUAACCUACCUUCUGUUUCUGAGGUUGUUGUGCUUGCCGUUGGGGAUUUUGAUGAAGCUUUGGGUGACAGAGAUAUUGUUGUUGUAAAGAAGUCAGGGCAGUUGCAGUGCAUUAGUGAACUGCAUCCUCCUUAUCUUCCACUUCAGUAUCCACUUUUGUUUCCUUAUGGGGAGGAUGGUUAUAGAGAAGAUAUUGGAUUUUCCAGAAAUUCUUCUUCUUCAUCGACCCAUAGAAAAAGUAUUAGUCCUAAAGAAUUUUUUGCGUUUCGCUUACAUGAAAGAAUUUCUGAGUAUUCUAUUCUUUUAUUUGGAAGGCGAUUGUUUCAACAGUUUGUCGUUGAUGCCUAUACGAUGAUUGAGACUGGUCGUCUUACUUUUGUACGAACCCAUCAGAAAAGGUUGCGGGCUGAAUUGUAUAGUGGUUUAGCGGAAGCUGUUCUUCGUAGUGAGACAGAUGGUUCAAGGCAUGGGAAACGAAUUAUCUUGCCUUCCAGUUUUGUUGGUGGAGCUCGAUAUAUGGUCCAGAAUUAUCAAGAUGCUAUGGCGAUCUGUAGGUGGAUUGGUUAUCCAAAUUUGUUUAUUACCUUUACGUGCAAUCCUAAGUGGCCAGAGAUAUGUCGAUAUCUUGCAUCUAAGGAUUUGAAAUCAGAUGAUCGUCCUGAUAUUAUUUGUAGGAUCUUUAAAGUCAAGUUGGAUAAUUUGAUAAGAGAUCUUAAGAUUGUGUACAUGGUUGAGUUUCAGAAACGUGGAUUGCCUCAUGCCCAUAUUUUGUUGUUUUUAAGCAAUGAGGACAAACAGCCUAAGCCUCAACGCAUUGAUGAGAUCAUUUCAGCUGAACUUCCCGACCAAGUAAUUGAUCCUCACUAUCAUGAGUACGUUAAAGAAUUCAUGAUGCAUGGGCCGUGUGUCAUUGUUCGAAAAUCAUCUCCUUGCAUGCUCAAUGGACGUUGUUCCAAAUAUUUUCCCAAGAAAUAUCUCGCGGCCAAAAACUUUGAUGAUGAUGGCUAUCCUGCUUACAGACGUAGAGAUAAUGGUCGUGUUGUUAUGAAGGAUGGUGUGCCCUUAGAUAAUAGAUAUGUUGUUCCACACAAUCAUUUUCUUCUUAUGAAGUAUGUCGGUCAUGUCAACGUUGAGUGGUGCAAUCAGUCGCAAUCUAUUAAGUAUUUGUUUAAGUAUAUAAAUAAGGGUUAUGACCGUGUGACAACUUCUUUUUUCCAAUCUGGUGCGGAUGGUGCUGAACGAUGUAUUGAUGAAGUAAGUUUGUACUACGAUUGUAGGUAUAUAUCUUCUUGUGAAGCUGCUUGGAGAAUUUUUGGAUUUGAAAUUCAAUAUAAGGAUCCUCCUGUUGAAAGAUUGAGUUUUCAUCUUCCAGAUCAACAACAUGUCAUUUUUGAUGAAGCUGAUGACUUGGAUACUAUUUUGAAUCGUAAGACAAUUCAUGAAAGUAAGUUCUUGGCUUGGAUGGAAGCAAAUAAGAUAUAUUCUCAAGGUAGGGAUCUCACUUAUGGUGAAUUUCCGACGAAGUUUGUAUGGAAGAAGAAUCACUGGGAACCUAGAAAACAAAGAUAUUCAAUUGGAAGGUUGUUUUAUGUUGCUCCUUGUUCUGGUGAUAUGUAUUAUCUCAGAUGUUUGUUGAAUAUUGUUAAAGGAGCGUCUUCCUAUGAAGACAUCAAAUGUGUUAAUGGUGUUCAGUAUGAUACAUUUAGAGAUGCUUGUUUUGUUUUAGGAUUGUUGGAUGAUGAUAAGGAAUAUGUUAAAUGGAAUUGUAGAGGCUUCUUUUUGGGCUUCAGCUCACUCUUUGAGAUUGCUCUUUGUAUGAUCUUGAGUGAGGAUGAAAUUCAGAAUUUUGCAUUGGCAGAGAUUGAGAAAUUGUUGCAGAAUCUUGGAAAAACUUUGCGUGAUUUCCAUGGUUUGCCGUAUCCUGAUAAUCAGUAUUUUGAAUCAAGUGAAAAUAGACUCAUUACUGAUGAGUUGUGUUAUGAUCGUGAGGGUUUAGAAAGGGAAUAUUUGGAAUUUAUUUCCAAAUUCACUGAUGAACAACUUUCUGUGCAUGUCACUAUAAUGUCGUCUGUGCAUUCUAAUGAUGGAGGAAUAUUUUUUGUUUAUGGCUAUCGAGGUACUGGGAAAACUUUCAUUUGGAGAUCAUUGUCUGCAGGGAUUCGUUCGAAGGGAAAUAUUGUUUUAAAUGUGGCGUCCAGUGGCAUAGCUUUUUUAUUAUUUUCUGGUGGUAGAACAACUCAUUCUCAGUUUAAAAUUCCCAUUAAUGUGAAUGGAGAUUCUAUGUGCAAUAUUAAACCAGGCGGUGCACUUGCUGAGUUGAUUGUGAGAGCUAAGCUUAUUAUAUGGGAUGAAGCUCCGAUGAUUCAUAAACAUUGCAUAGAAGUCGUGGAUAGAACUUUAAGAGAUAUUAUGCGUGUAUUCAAUGAGUUACAUAGUAACAAACCGUUUGGUGGUAAAACUGUUAUUUUUGGUGGUGACUUUAGACAGAUCUUGCCUGUUGUUCCUAAAGGCAGCCGUCAAGAUGUUGUGAAUGCUACCAUUAACUCAUCUUAUCUUUGGAAGAGUUGCACAGUUUUAAGGCUGACAAAAAAUAUGAGGCUUUUGAAUGUUGAAAAUGUUGAUGAAGCCUCUAAAUUGAAGGAAUUUUCCUCUUGGGUUGCUUCUAUUGGCGAUGGUGUUAUUGGUGGUCCAAAUGAUGGUGAAGUGGCUAUUCAACUUCCUAUUGACAUUGUUUUGUCAAAUUCUGGUGAUCCUCUUAGAACCAUUGUUUCAAACGUCUAUCCUUCUUACAUGAAUCCUGAAGAAUUGAUUAGUUGUUUGCAUGGUUGUGCUAUACUUGCUCCUACUUUAGAGGUAGUUGACGAGGUUAACCAAUUCAUGAUUUCUUUGGAUCAGUCUCAAGUGUUCCGGUUGUAA